AUGCAUCGUGCUGCGGCUAGCCUCAUCGUCAAAGAUGUAAGCCACCUCUUGCGCGCCAGUGGCGCACGACCUCUCCUCGGUCACGUCCGUUCAGCGUCCAGCACGAUCAUAAAAAACGCUCGUCGAGGCGCAAAAACGAAAGCAACGAAGAAAGCCUCAGCCAUCGCCAGUAUCCAGCAGGGCGCCCUUGAGCCACUACAAGACAUCGAAAAUGAGGAGGAAGUUGAGCCGGACUACCCCAGUUACCCAGACACACUUCAGGGCGUGCGCGACAACAUGGCCAAAUUCAAGAAUUGUGUCGUCGUGACAAGAGUCGGCAACUUCUACGAGAUGUACUUCGACCAGGCAGCCGAGUUUGGUCCUGCCAUGAGCCUGAAAGUAUCGUACAGAAUGUCUGCCAGACACCCUGCUGUGCCCAUGGCAGGGUUCCCGUUCUAUCAGCUCGAUCGAUACCUCAAGACUCUGGUCCAGGAGCUGAAUCAGCAUGUUGCGAUCUGUGAAGAGUUCCCGAACAACGUUGAGGGGAAGAUCAAGUCUGGAGGCAACAGAUUCGACCGGAAAGUGGUUCGUGUGGUUACGCCUGGCACGCUGAUCGACGAGAACUUUAUGGACACGACGCGAAACAACUUCCUGCUGGCAGUACACGUGCCUGCACCAACGAGUAUGGCUGAUGGCGAAGAGAAGGCUGAUCACGAUGUAGGCUUGGCCUGGAUCGACCUCUCUACCGGCGACUUUUGGACGGGAAAGACCCCUCGGCUCUUGUUGGCAUCCUCCAUCGCACGCAUAUCUGCUCGAGAAAUCGUGCUGCAAGACUCCGCCACUGCCGACGUCAAAAACGAGAUUCAGGCUUUACUUGGUCAGCACCACGAGCUGGCCUCCUAUCACAACCGCGUGUCGAAUUUCGACUCAUUACAGGACUGGAAUCAUUGUUUCGAGACGGCCGUCUCGGCUGAUAUUGAGCAGACCUUCUCACACCAGGAGAAGCAAGCGAUACACCACCUGCUUGACUACGCCCAGCAGCAGCUACAACGCACCCAGCUUCGUCUUCAGCCGCCACGUCAGAGGGACGACAGUCACCUCAUGGAGAUCGAUCGAUACAGUCUGCGAGGCCUGGAGAUUCUGGAGACAUCAAGAGACGGCUUCGGAAAAGGCAGUCUCAUUCAUGCCAUCAAGAAGACUGUGACUUCCAGCGGUACGCGAUUACUUCGUGAACGUCUCGUGCAGCCGUCGGCGUCAGUCGAGGAGAUUAGUCAAAGACUUGACCUCGUGACGGCCUUCAUAGAGAACAACGACCUACGAGAAGAUCUCAUCGAGCGACUGAGACGAACAUUUGAUGUUCAGCGACUUGUACAAAAGUUCACAAUGAAUAAAGGCGACCCCGACGACUUGGUCGAUCUGGCUAAGUCAAUCGCAGAGACAGCGCUCGUGCAAAAAGCGCUUCUGGAUGCGUCGACAGGUGCCAGUGAGGACAGCCCACUCGCACCGCUAACUCGGCGGAUUUUCCUGCAGGGGCCGCAGUUGCUAGCCGAGCAUAUCAGUAACUCGAUCGACGAGGAAGGACUGAUGCAACUGCAUCGCCAAGAAGAAGACGAGAAAGCCGAAGUAACUGCUUCAGCGGUCGACGCAGUUGAGAACGAGGGCGCCGAUCCGAGUGAAUUUGUCCAGAAGAAUGCCCGACGCAAAGCUCGAGUCGCUGAGAAUCGGUUCUCUGACAGUGACAUGCUCGAUGCAUGGAUCAUGAAGAGGAGUGCCAGUGAUGCGAUUGGUCUGCUACAUCAAGAGCUCGAUGCGCUCAUGGAGGAACGCGAUGCUUUGGCAGCCCGACUUCAGGUCGAGGUAGAAGCGAAGUCGCUGUCUCUACGCCUAGACAAGAAAGGCUAUAUCUGCCACAUUCGCAGCAACAAGGACUUCAACAAGCAUGCUCUUGAUGAGUUGAAGGCAAAUCUGAUCUCUUCUACCAAGAGCACCAAAACAUAUCACCUACCGAUCUGGUCUAAGCUAGGCGGCAGAAUGGAUGCAGCAAGAAUCAAGAUUCGGAACGAGGAACAGCGGAUCCUCCACAACCUUCGGCAAGAUGUCUUCGCAAACCUAGUCCAGCUAAGACGUAAUGCGGCUGUCAUGGACGAGAUCGAUGUCGCAACUUCGUUCGCGGCGCUGGCAGAGCAACAAGGCUGGAAGCGGCCUGUGGUAGACACGUCGACAGACCACCAGAUCAUCGGAGGCAGGCACCCAACUGUCAAGCUGGGUCUCGAAGAGCAGGGACGGACGUUCAUCAGCAAUGACUGCGUUCUUGAUGCUAAAGAGCAGAUUUGGCUCGUCACGGGGCCGAACAUGGCUGGAAAAAGCACGUUUCUGCGACAGAAUGCUCUGAUCACAAUCUUGGCCCAAGUCGGAAGCUAUGUACCUGCCGAGUACGCCAGGAUUGGUGUCGUCGACCGCAUUUUCUCUCGCAUCGGCGCCGCUGAUGACCUGUUUCGAGACCAAUCAACCUUCAUGGUGGAAAUGCUCGAGACCGCUGCUAUACUGAAACAGGCCACGGCUCGCUCAUUCGCCAUCAUGGACGAAGUCGGUCGAGGUACGACGCCACAAGACGGGAUCGCUGUUGCCUUUGGCAUCCUCUCGCACCUCCAUCACAUCAAUCGCUGUCGAACCUUAUUCGCUACGCAUUUCCACCGACUCGCUGAUCUCACAGCCUCGUGGCCGCGUAUUGGUCGAUAUUGUACAGAUAUAAUUGAGGAGAAAUCUGGCUCCUUCAUCUUUCAGCACCAGCUUAAGCCUGGCGUGAAUCGCAAUUCUCAUGCUUUGAAGGUUGCAAAGCUUGCUGGUCUGCCUCAAGCUGCCCUCAUAGCAGCGCGCGACAUGCUUGACCAGCUGCAGAUGGAAGACGAGGAACUUCGCGCCGCAGCGAGCCUUCCUCCACCCAAGCCAGUCGUGGCGCCCAAGAAAUAUCGCCCGGUGCAGAUAAGGGCGGAGGAUGUUCACAACGCGCCAGACCUCUCCGCUCUGCGACCACCGCAAGCGCCUCGCACUCAAGAUGCUCGCCCUUGA